AUGUUCUUCGAACCUCUGGCCCUCGUCGUCUUCCUCCUUUCCGCCUUCCCCCUCCAAUCUCUUGCUGCUCGACCCAACAAAAACGCAAUCCUCCUCUCGGAAGUACGAACUCUUACCCUGCGUGGCAACGGCGCAAAAACUACAUCUCGCCGCGUCGCACCCAUCCCGCAACUUAAAUGCAUCUCCUCAAAGGCAGUCUGCGACCUCUAUUCAAUUGACGUCUUGCGUUGCACCAAUCAAGGCUCCUCAUAUGGCACCGAGGACAUAGAAUGGAGCUGCACCGCUUCGCUGCCAGAAGAGUUCAAGCUGGGCAGCACCGACGUCAUCUGUGAAGGUUACUCUUCACCCGAUGAUCCAUAUGUUCUCAAAGGCAGUUGUGGAGUCGAGUACAGGCUCAUAUUGACUGACAAGGGCGAGAAGCGGUAUCCCAACGUGGCGAAUCCGAAUGGCCGCUGGUUUAGUGACGGUGAAGGUGGUACUGAUUUGGGCGCAUGGGCAUUUGCCGUCAUCUUCUUUGCCAUUCUUGGAUGGAUAGUGUACUCUGCAUGGCGUAACGGGACCGACCCAAGACAGCGCCCUCCUCGACGGGGAGGAUAUGGUGGAGGAGGCGGCGGCGGCGGCGGCGGCGGCUGGGGCCCUGGCUGGGGCCCAGGAAAUGAUCCGCCACCACCUUAUCCCGGAACAAAGCCCGAUCAAUCUCAGCAAGGAUGGACGCCUGGAUUUUGGAGUGGGCUUGCUGGAGGAGCAGCGGCUGGUUACUUGGCUGGAAACCGAAACAAUCGGCGAGAAGACAGGUACGCUUCACGGCGAUGGGGUGCUGGGCCGUCGAGCUCACAAUCUUUCUCUUCCGGCUCUGGUUCAAGUUCUAGCUCCUCUCGCCAUGAGAGCACAGGCUUCGGCUCAACGAGUCGCAGAUAG